GUGCGUGCGCACGCGCGCCGUCCCCCGGAGGCGUCUGGGUGUGCGGAGCGCGCGCGCGCGGCUCGGAGGCGCACCUGUGAGGUGUCCCUGGAGGAGCGGGAGCUCCCCCCGUCCGGGCAGAGGCCGCCGAGCAUCCCGCUCAGGUGAUGAGGAACCCUCCGCGCACCCAGCGCAGAAGGCUGCUGCCGCUGGACGCCUCCAUUGUUUGACCACAACAAGGGCCGGCCGGAUUCUCACCCAGGACCCUAAGGCUUUUGUAGCCCUUCAGCCAUUGUGGGCCCUGUCUCUGCCUCUUCUGGAAUGUUUUGGGGGUUUGGACUUCUGUCACUGUGAUCGGUGUCCAGGCGACUGCCCUUUUUGGAAGCUGGGGGCAAUUUGGAAGCCUUGGAAUAAUGGCAAAUGUUCUCUCUUCUGUCUCUUUCUGGCCCCAUUCUCUGUUUUGCUGACUCAGACCUGCAAAUCCAAGAGACACAUCUUUCUGGAAGAUAAGAGAGCGUCUUCCUCAAGAUCAGAGAAGGACACUGGCGUGAUACCUAUGUAGGCACUCCCCUGAAGCAAGGCCCGCCACACCUGGCCCCCGAGGAAACUACUUCCGGGAGAGGUUCCUGUCUGAUGUGCAGGAGGCAGGAUGCCGUGCUGACUGUUCAGGGCCCAGCUGCAGAGGCUCAGGACCAACCAGCGGGAUCUCACCCUCAGACACAGGGGACACACUGUACUGUCCUUUUUCUAGAAGUGAAAAGUACAAGAUUACUGUACAAGAGGAAGAUUCCAGGGGCUUAAAAAGGCAAAGGUUUUCACCUUGGGAGCCCCUUGGAAUGUUGACAACUCAGGAUCUAAAACGAAGUUCUACGUUAAUGAAUUGCAGAAUUCAUGUGGAAGUAAAUGUCACUUUAUAAUCAAUAAUAGUACUGAGUGAGGAACACUAUGCAGGAAGAAACCUUCCAUAGAAAGACAGGCAGGGAGAAGCUUAGGCUGACCUUAAACUUUCCUAACAGAGCAAGCCUGAGAUAGACUGCCAAAAUGGCCAAAUAAGAGACUGUAUGAAGUAACAGUUCUGUAACUAUAGUAGUUGUAAGGAAAUUUUCUCCUCCAAAUCACGAUACCAAAUAGGAAAAAUGAUCUACAAGUGCCCCAUGUGUAGGGAAUUUUUCUCUGAGAGAGCAGAUCUUUUUAUGCAUCAGAAAAUUCACACAGCUGAGAAGCCCCAUAAAUGUGAUAAGUGUGAUAAGGGUUUCUUUCAUAUAUCGGAACUGCACAUUCAUUGGAGAGACCACACAGGAGAGAAAGUGUAUAAAUGUGACGAUUGUGGUAAGGAUUUUAGCACUACAACAAAGCUUAAUAGACAUAAGAAAAUCCACACAGUGGAGAAGCCCUAUAAAUGUUAUGAGUGUGGCAAAGCCUUCAAUUGGAGCUCCCAUCUUCAGAUCCAUAUGCGAGUUCACACAGGAGAGAAACCCUAUGUCUGUAGUGAGUGUGGAAGGGGCUUUAGUAACAGUUCAAACCUUUGCAUGCAUCAGAGAGUCCACACCGGAGAGAAGCCCUUUAAGUGUGAAGAGUGUGGCAAGGCCUUCAGGCACACUUCCAGCCUCUGCAUGCAUCAGAGAGUCCACACAGGAGAGAAGCCCUAUAAAUGUUAUGAGUGUGGGAAAGCCUUCAGUCAGAGUUCCAGCCUCUGCAUCCACCAGAGAGUCCACACUGGAGAGAAACCCUAUAGAUGUUGUGGAUGUGGGAAGGCCUUCAGUCAGAGUUCAAGCCUCUGCAUACACCAGAGAGUCCACACGGGAGAGAAACCUUUUAAAUGUGAUGAGUGUGGGAAGGCCUUCAGUCAGAGUACAAGCCUCUGCAUCCACCAGAGAGUCCACACAAAGGAGAGAAACCAUCUCAAAAUAUCAGUUAUAUAAAACAUUUUGCUAAGAAUUAAAAAUCUUAAAACCCAUAAGUGCCACUAGGAAGGAAACCCUGUAUAUACCUACAUUGACCCAAGAUAUAUUUACAGCAAUCCCUAACAGAACAGUCUUUUUAAUGAGGCAUAUGUGAGGUUGAUUUUUUGAUUCAUGCCAAGUGCAUUCGACAGCUUGACUUUGGAUAUGGACCCCUGAGUGUCUGCCCGAGACGGGCUGUCAGGUCCCAUCCGUGAAUGUGCGUUUUCUGGGAUCCUGGCACAAUGCCUCCAUAGUUGAAAUGCUACAUGGAAAACCAUGGUCAUUGCCUAGUAUCCUGAGUCACCUUCUAUCUAUGCUUUACAUAAAAGUUUUCCCAGAUAACCCCUCUUUCAGGAUCUCAUGCUCUCCCUUCCUCUUGAUUCCAGCAUACUGGUAAUGCGUUUGAAAACAGACAGCUCCCAUGAAGAUAGUGUUCUGGUAUUUCUGAGGUUACACUUGAUUUAUCUUUCCAUACAUCCCUUAAGUAUCUUUCCAUAAAUCCCAUCAUUUCUGAAUCCACUUUACUAUAUGUCCUCAAAAUGCCCGUAAAUAUCUACCCCUUCCUAGAUGGCAUUAAAUCUCACUUUAGAUUUUAGGUGACUCAUAACAUCCAUUCAUUGGCCUAUCAGAAAAAUCAUUGGCAGACAUACAUGCCCUUGAACUUUUUUUAUUUUUGUGGAUUCUGCUAAUCACUGUGUCUCCAUGUUAGACUUACUUUCUAGUGGCUACAUCGCAUAUUUUUAACUUGAAUUUUUUUUUGGAAAUAGCUGAAUGUAUAUAGGGAGGAAGAAGCAAGCAAAGUGAGAACUUUCCUCCAGAAUUGCCCUCGGGCUUCUUCUGUACCGUGUGGCGCUUCUCACUGGCCAGGGAGACCUUACGAGGAGUGGACAGUGGAGGAGUCGCUGUGGAUACUUGGUCUCUGUGUAAUCAUGGGCAAUAAUGUGUAGGAGCCCUCAGUGUCCUUUGCUGAGUACUGCGCAUCAUUUCCUUUUGAGGCAUGAACGUCUUAUUAAUUCAUCAUUCUUUUCUUUUCUUCAUUCAUUCAGCAAGUAUUUAUUUGAACACCACCUAUGUGCCAGGCACUGUGCUAGGUGCUGGGAAUACCACUGAUUAGGACAGACGAGGUCCCUGCUCUCAUGGAGUUUACUUCUGGUGGAGGAGACAGAUGAUAAGUAAACAAAUAACUAAUGUAGUUUGAAAUAGUGAUUAAGUGCUAUGAAGAAAAUAAACUAGGGUGAGAAUUUAGUGGUGGGUGGGCGGGGGUGGGGCGGCAGUAGCUAGCGGUCAGGGAGGCCUUUACAAGGGGUGGCGCCGAAGCUGAGGCCAGAGGAUGACAAGCACCCGCUGCGGAGCAUAGGCGUGUGCCUGGGGACAGGAGGGCCCAUGUGGCAUUGGCGGCGGGGAGGGGGAUACUGAGGUGCUCAGCAUCCUUUCGUAGGGCUUUUUUUUUUUUUUUUUUUUUUUUUUGCUAGAUUGAUAUUAAAAACUCAUGUGGAGGAACUCAAGGAAUGUUUAGAAGACCAAAAGUCCCCAAUGACAGGAAAAAAAAGAAGCAACCAAGUUUUAACUUUGUUUCUCUUCUCAUUCCUAUUUUCAUUGAUUUCCCACAUGUAGUCCUUUUGCUCAGGAAGUCUUUGGGGAAAUUAAGGAUCUUUGAAGCUCUGAAAUGGGUGAUCAGGUUUUAUGGUAUCUGUCAACUGUCUCAGAGGCUGGAGAGUGAACUAACUCAGAAUAGUCACGGAAUACUGAAACAAAGCUGGAUUUUUCUCUCCAUGUUUGAAUUAAGUUCUUCUGUUUGACUGGAAGGGGUUUUUGUAUAACUAAACCUCAGCUCAUAAAGGAGAUUUAAAAGGAGCACACGAUUUAGUGGGUGGGCCGUGAAACUAGAGAUGGGAUUUGGGCACGAAUUUAUCAAUAUCUGGAUGUUAAUCCAGACAUCUCUGCUGACAAGCCUUUGGUAAGUCACUUCACAUACUUUCCUCCUUUUUACCAAGUGAGGGCCGGCUUAGUUAUUUGCUGAAGCCCCUUCCAGGCCAGAAUUCCACAAGUACGAUUUACUGUAGUGUCUUAUCACUAUUUCAUGUCACAAUAGUGUGGAGCAUUAGAGAAAAGCCUAGACUUUUAGUUGAUAGAGAGCCAGUUGAAAUAUCAUUGAUAGAAUUUUAGUUUUAGGAAAAAUUGGUUUGAUUUCUAGCUUUAUUACUAUUAGGUAUGUGAGCUUGGGCAAACGCUUAAUCUUUGAGUCUAGUUUUCUCUCAAAAAGAGGACAUUAGGCUAAAUGAUUUCCAAGUUUCCAGCUAGUCCUAGAGUUCUAUAUUUCUACAUAGUUGAAUUAUUUUAUCAUGCUGUUGCUGGGGAAUAUGACUAACCCUUUUGAAGCUACUAAUUUUAUGUCGAGCUUUAAAGUCCAUAAUUGUUAUCUUCAGAAAAUAUUAUUUGACCUACAGUAUGUCCAAAUCAAUUUAAUAAAAUCACUUUAUAACAGG